AUGAAAGUUAACUUAGCGCACUUUGUCCCACCCCUUCCAACACCUAUUGAACGGGAUCCGGAAUAUGCAAGAGAACAAUUUUCACUUGGUUAUGGGCCUCGUAAUACUGGUGUCCACAAUUCAUUACCAUCAUCAUCAAUUGACUCAUCGCCAGAUCCGACCCACACCCAACAACGCCCCUUAAGUUGCACCGACAUUUUACCAUCUCCUUCUUCUACUCUAUCCACAAGGACUACCAACGAAGUGACACAUAUGCCUUCUCAACCUUCUACUUUCGAACCUCUGAGUAGGGAACAAGUUCCUCCAAGCCAACUAUGUCCAUUCAAUAAUUUUCCUUAUGGUACAGGAAUAUAUCCAGAAGUUCCACCUCCUAUUAAACAGGAUAUGGAAUAUGCGAGAGAACAAUUUUCACUUCGUUAUGUGCCUCAGACAACGCAUCUGAACCAACCUUGCGUCAAUUCAAAUCAGGUGCCUAUCAUUCAACCUAAUCAGCUCUCCAAUGCAGUAGAGUUUGCUGCUCCUAACCAAUAUCCGAUCGGAGUUCCAAUCCAGAGUAGUAAUGACCCGCCUUUUCUGGCACCAUUUAAUCCAAUUCCAUUUGAUUCUCCUCAACUUCAAUUCUUCAACCAAGGAGAGCGGGUAUUACCCAAUUCUAGUCUACCUGUCCCCUCUUGUAAUGAGAUCACAAGUCCAGAAUCAUCCACAAUUUCGAGACCUAGCAAUUCUCGUGCACACCAUCCAUGGUGUUCACAAUCAAUCGAUUCAUCAACAGGUCCGACUCAACNNNCGUACAACGUCCCUUUAGUGACACUGACAUUUUACCAUCUCCUUCUUCUACUCAACCCAGUUACAAGGACGACCAACGACGUGACACAUAUACCUUCACAAACUUCUACUUUCGAACCUCUGAGUAGAGAACAAGUUCCUCCAAGCCAACCGAGUCAUUUUAAUAAUUUCCCUUAUGGUGCAGGAAUAUUUCCAGGAGUUCCACCUCCUAUUAGGCAGGAUCUGGAAUAUGCUGAAGAACAAUUUUUACUCCGUUAUGGGCCACAGCGUCCUCCAUUUCCUCCAACUCAGAUGACUCCACAUCACCCACCGAAUCCGUAA